GAAGACUCAACACAUCUUUUAGGUGAACUCUUAAAUUUGGAAGUUUUUGUGUUGAAAAUUUGAAAGAAUGGAUUGUUUCACUUCACCGUGUGCGAAUUUAAGUACGGGACCUGCAAACCUAUACCUUUCAGCGCUUAUCAAUUUUGCGACGAUUUCGCAAUGUUCACUGUCACCUCCGGAAAAAUGGCCAGCAGAUUAUGGAGAUAUAGCCAUCAGAAAAGGAUUCGAGGAGUAUGAUUUCAUCAUUGUUGGGGCCGGUUCUGCUGGUUGUGUUCUUGCUAAUCGACUUAGUGAAAAUCCGAAUUGGAACAUUUUGCUUCUAGAGGCAGGAGGCGAUCCUCCGAUUGAAUCAGCAAUUCCAAGGCUUUUCCUAGCAGUUCCGGUACCACCUUACGACUGGCAGUACUAUGCUGAACGAUCAGAUAAUUUCAGUUUGCUACAGCCAAAUGGUGACUUUUGGCCUAGGGGGAAAAUGCUAGGAGGAUCAAGCUCUACCAAUGGAAUGUUCUAUGUAAGAGGAAACGAAGGUGAUUACGACAAUUGGGAGAAACUGGGAAAUCCAGGUUGGGGAUGGAAUGAUGUUUUGGAGUAUUUCAAAAAAUCGGAAAAUAACAAAAAUCCAGAAAUUGCUAAUGCUUUUGAUGGGUACUACCAUUCUACAAGUGGACCUAUGUCUGUUGAACUUUACAACAGUGACGAACCUAUUAAUGCUGUAAUUGUGCAAGCUGCGAAAGAAAUGGGCUUUAAAUUUGUCCAGGAUAUCAAUGCUAAGGAACAUAUUGGAUUCACGUAUUCUCAAGGAACACUUAACAGUGGCCUUCGGGAAAGUACAGCUACUGCCUUUUUGAUUCCAGCUAUGAAUCGUCCCAAUCUACAUGUUGUCAAGCAUGCUCAUGUUCUGGAUCUCGUGAUCAAUGAAGAUGGAGAGGUUUCUGGAGUAAGGAUGAACCUCAGGGGAGAACAAGAAUUGAAGGCUUAUGCAAAAAAGGAAGUCAUCCUUAGCGCUGGUGCUAUAAAUUCCCCACAAAUUCUAAUGCUGUCCGGAAUUGGUCCGUCGGCGCACCUUCAAGAAAUGGGAAUUCCUGUAAUCAAAAAUCUUCAAGUGGGAAAAAAUUUACAAGAUCAUUCAAUAGUACCAUUUUUUAUCCAGCUCGAUAAAUCAACUGCUGUCCCAGUCUCAGCAAGUGACAUUAUACAGGCAUUCUUUUUAUAUUUGACAACUCAUACAGGAUUUUUUGCCACAACUGGUUCACUACAAACAUUGGGCUAUAUUAAUGUACACGAUCCCCUUGCAAAAUAUCCUAACUUCCAGUACUAUCACAUAGCAUUUCAAAAAGGUCAAGUGGCUGAUAUUGUUGGAACUUUCAAAGGUCUCGGUUAUAGUGAUGCAUUAACCGAUUUUGCCGGUAAAAUCGUUCAAGAAUCUAAUAUUCUUGUAAUCAUCCCUUCACUUUUAACACCAAAAUCUGAAGGGGAAAUCCUCCUACGCAGUGCAGAACCAACUGAGAAACCACGUAUCCUCGCUAACUUUUUCGGAGAAUAUUCCGAUAUCGAGGCAUAUAUUAAAGCCAUUCGGCUAUACCUUAGAUUCCUGAAUACUGAAACCUACAGAACACGCGAAGCUGAAUUACUUCGUUUUCCAAUUCCAGAAUGUGAUUUACUGGAAUUCAAGAGUGACAAAUACUGGGAGUGCUAUUGCCGCUACACGGUAAAAACCGUCUUUCAUCCUGUGGGUACGGUUAAGAUGGGUCCUGACUACGAUCCUGGCGCCGUUUUAAACCACAGAUUGAAGGUUAAAGGAUGCACAGGGCUACGUGUAAUUGAUGCUAGUGUAAUGCCUAAAGUUCCAGGAGGAAAUACUAAUGCUCCUACAAUUAUGGUAGCAGAAAAGGGAGCUGACUUCAUUAAAGAAGAUUGGGGUUAUGUCUCACUGUAAGGCCAUGUGAGGCCAUAAGAAAAUUAUGUAAAAUGAUCUAACUAAAUAUUUUUAUAUAAAAGGAUAAGGAGGUACAUUGUUACAAUUAGUAAGAGCGUUCGGGUUUUCCGUUCUAAGUUCUCUGGCUCGUCUGACACACUUAAGUGUCCGAAUCCCACCCGGUGCAAAGAAUUGAAACGUUUGAAGAGAUUUUUUUUGCGAUACUUUGUAAACAGAAUAACCAUUUUUAAACCGAUAAAUGUGAAAAAUUGUCAAAAUGGCCCACCAUUUUAAAAUAAAUAAAUAUUUUAUAUAAAAUGAUAAGUUAAACUCA